CAGGAGGAGGGAUGGCACUUUAAAUAUGGAAAAAGACACGCUGCGCUCUCAGAGUCUCUCCACACGCUUCAUCUGAGACACAAAAAGAAAGCUUCCUUUUUAUCUUCACCAUGUCACCGAGACACGACCUGAACGGGCCCAGCACGAUAUGAGGAGGUUCGUGUGUUUGGCUGUACACUCGAUUUUUUAGAGAGGAAGAUAAUCAUUCCAGCGAGAUAGCUCCACUUCUUUUUCUUUCUUUUUUACUUGACUCUUCAAAAAGCGCGUCAGAUAGAGUAGGUGAAGAGCUGCACACAACGACUACAAGAACGACUACAGCUGAGCAGAAGGACGCAGGAGUGAUCAGCUUUAAAGACAAAAACUGCUCACCAUGAGUUCCGAGAAGUCAAAAGUGGAGGAUGAAGCAGUCUUGGACAGAGGAGCAUCCUUUGUCAAACAUGUCUGCGAUGAGGAGGAAGUGGAAGGUCACCACACUGUGUACAUCGGCGUGCACGUCCCCAAGAGCUACCACCGGAGGAGACGCCACAGACGCAAGUCCAGCCACAAGGAGAAGAGGGAACGGCCAGACCACAGCACGGAGGGAUACAAGUCAGACGGGGAAGAGUCCAACACCAACAUCCUCAAACCGCUCAUUUCUCCAGCCGAGAGGAUCCGGUUUAUCCUCGGUGAGGAAGACGAUGGCCCCCCUCCUCCUCAGCUCUUCACCGAACUGGACGAGCUCCUGGCUGUGGACGGGCAGGAGAUGGAGUGGAAAGAGACAGCCAGAUGGAUCAAGUUUGAAGAGAAGGUGGAGAAGGGUGGCGAGCGCUGGAGUAAGCCUCACGUGGCAACGCUGUCCUUACACAGCCUGAUGGAACUCAAGACGUGCAUCGAAAAGGGAACCAUCAUGCUGGACCUGGAGGCCUCCACACUGCCGCAGGUUGUGGAGGUGAUCACCGACAGCCAGAUUGAGAACGGUCAGUUGAAGCCGGAGCUGAAGGAGCAAGUCAUGUACACGCUGCUACGAAAGCAUCGCCACCAGACCAAAAAGUCGAACUUGCGCUCUCUUGCUGACAUUGGCAAGAGUGUUUCAAGUGCAAGUAGGCUCUUCUCCAACCAAGAGAAUGGUAGCCCCACCACCGCCCACAGAAACCUCACCUCCAACAGCCUGAGUGACUUCUCUGACAAACCAGAGAAGGAUCAGCUGAAGAAUAAAUUCAUGAAGAAGUUGCCCCGUGAUGCAGAAGCAUCAAAUGUGCUGGUCGGAGAGGUAGACUUCCUGGAAACUCCCUUUGUGGCGUUUGUGCGUCUGCAGCAGGCCGUCAUGUUGGGGGCUUUAACUGAAGUCCCUGUUCCCACGAGGUUCCUCUUUGUCCUGCUGGGCCCCAAAGGAAAGGCAAAGUCCUAUCAUGAAAUUGGAAGAGCCAUCGCCACCUUGAUGUCAGAUGAGGUAUUCCACGAUAUUGCCUACAAAGCGAAGGACAGGCAGGACCUGCUGGCGGGUAUCGAGGAGUUCCUUGACGAGGUCAUUGUCCUGCCUCCCGGAGAGUGGGACCCUGACAUCAGGAUAGAACCUCCCAAGUCUCUGCCCUCCUCAGACAAGAGGAAGAACAUGUAUGCUGGAUUAGAUCAACCUCAGAUGAACGGUGACACUCCUCACGAUGCAGGACAUGGAGGAGGAGGAGGACACGAGGUCGGAGAGGAGCUUCAACGCACCAGAAAGUUUUGUGGAGGUCUCGUUCUGGACAUCAAGCGGAAGCUGCCGUUUUUUGCCAGCGACUUCUAUGACGCGAUACACAUCCAGUCUCUGUCGGCCAUCCUCUUCAUCUAUCUGGGAACGGUCACCAAUGCGAUCACAUUUGGAGGAUUACUCGGCGAUGCGACGGAAAACAUGCAGGGAGUGUUGGAGAGUUUCCUGGGUACAGCACUGACUGGAGCAGUGUUCUGUCUGCUGGCCGGACAGCCCCUGACUAUCCUCAGCAGCACGGGUCCCGUGCUCGUCUUCGAACGACUCCUCUUCAACUUCAGCAAAGACAACGGGUUCGACUACCUGGAGUUCCGGCUGUGGAUCGGGCUGUGGUCGGCAGUAUUCUGCCUGCUGCUGGUCGCUACAGACGCCAGCUUCCUGGUUCAGUACUUCACUCGUUUCACAGAAGAAGGCUUCUCCGCGCUCAUCAGCUUCAUCUUCAUCUAUGACGCCUUCAAGAAGAUGAUAAAGCUGGGCCACUACCACCCGAUCAACGACGACUACGAUCCAAACUUAGUCACCCAAUAUGACUGCAAAUGCAUACCUGGCAACUCAUCGGAGCUAAUUGAUGUCUCGGCCUGGACGAACAGUUCUGAUCUGCCUGUGAAUGCCACCUGGGCGUCCCUGACCAAGAAGCAGUGUCAUCAAUAUGGAGGUCAGCUGGUCGGAGAGUCCUGUGGCUUCGUGCCUGACAUCACCCUGAUGUCCUUCAUCCUGUUCUUUGGGACUUACACUUGCUCCAUGGCUCUGAAGAAGUUCAAGACCAGCCGCUUCUUCCCCACCAAAGUGAGGAAGCUCAUCAGUGACUUCGCAAUCAUCUUGACCAUUCUCCUCUUCGUCGGCGUGGACGCCUUAGUCGGAGUGAACACUCCCAAGCUCAUUGUGCCAAGUGAAUUCAAGCCCACAAGUCCACACAGAGGCUGGUUUGUUAAACCGUUUGGAGGGAACCCGUGGUGGGUGUACCUGGCAGCCAUGCUCCCUGCUCUGCUGGUCACCAUCCUCAUAUUCAUGGACCAGCAGAUCACAGCUGUGAUUGUCAACAGGAAGGAGCACAAACUGAAGAAAGGAGCAGGCUACCACUUGGACCUGUUCUGGGUGGCCGUCCUCAUGAUCAUCUGCUCUUUCAUGGGCCUGCCGUGGUACGUGGCCGCUACGGUCAUCUCCAUCGCCCACAUCGACUCCCUGAAAAUGGAGACGGAGACGUCAGCCCCCGGAGAGAUGCCCAAAUUCCUGGGUGUGAGGGAGCAAAGAGUCACCGGUAUCUUUGUCUUCCUCCUGACUGGACUCUCUGUCUUCAUGGCCCCCAUCCUCAAGUUCAUUCCCAUGCCUGUGCUCUACGGUGUGUUCCUCUACAUGGGUGUGGCUUCUCUCAACGGUGUCCAGUUCAUGGACCGGCUACAGCUCCUCCUGAUGCCAGCCAAGCACCAGCCGGACCUGAUCUACCUGCGACACGUUCCCCAAAGACGCAUCCACCUCUUCACCUUCAUCCAAGGUUUAUGCCUGGCCCUCCUCUGGAUCCUCAAGUCUACUGUGGCUGCCAUCAUCUUCCCUGUCAUGAUCUUAGCUUUGGUUGCUGUACGUAAGGCGAUGGACUACGUGUUCUCCCAACAUGACCUGAGCUACCUGGACGACGUCAUCCCAGAGAAAGACAAGAAGAAGAAGGAGGAUGAGAAGAAAAAGAAAGGGAAGAAGAAGGGGAGCAUUGACAGCGAAAUUGAAUUUUCCGACUACCCCUACCGUGACAAUAUCCCCAGUAUAAAAAUCUCUAUGGAUAUGAUGGAGCAGCAGCCCAUGUUGGGGGAUAAAUCUUUGGAUAGAGAUGAUGCAUCCAAGACUUUCCUUAACCCGCAUUCGCCGUGCUGAGCACUACUUUGAGUCUCCCACUGUGGCCGAGUGAUCUUGAAAAGGGGGCCUACGCAAAAGGUUUGCCUCAGAUCCGAAUAGACAGGGACACCGGGGAGAACGGUUUCGUCUGGAAGAAGAACUCUGAAACUGAUCUGUGAAUGAAUUAAUCCAAAGAUGCAACAGAACCAGCACAGAAUAGAUACAAACAAUAACCGUCCUCCUUUUGUAUGAUAGUAUUUUUUUUACACUCCUCUUGUGAGGAUUGAAAUCAAGAUGGCUGGAAGUAUUUUCCUCUCUGACACUUUUGUGGUACUGAAUCUUAACGAGGGCUGACACAGGAUACGUUUGAGUAUUCUUUAUUUGUUCCCAGACAACAAAAGGGUUACUUAAGGUCAUCUUUAUGCAGUUUUUAUGCAAAAUUAAUAUAUUAUGAGUGUGUACGCUGAUUAUUUACAACAAGCGUCCGGCCAAAGACGUUGAAUAAUGGAAGAUGCCCAUGAAAAAACAGGAUUUUAGUAUAUGGAUGUUUUAAUUUCACUCUGUAAAUAUCAAAGUCUCUCUCUCUUUUUUUUUUAUAAUUAACUCCAAAAAUAACCAGCCUCUGUUUUAGCUUUACGGUUUUGUUUGAUACAGUUUCUCAUAAAGUAAUUUCUCAUGUUUGUAGGAGUAGGAGUUGAAGUCACAGCUCCUGGUAUCAAAAAGAUUAAAAGAGUGCAUUUGCUUUUCUUGUAGUGAACGAAAGGUCAUCUGUGAACUCUCACAGGGCGGAUAUUAAUUUUAAAUCAAUGGGCAUAUCAAUAAUUAAUCAAAGGCUGCAUAUUCAUAACACACUUGAUAAAGUUAGCAUCAAAGAGACUGGAACUGUUUUUAUUUUCUUUUUCCAUAUUUAUUGUAUUUAAACUUAAAAGCGGAACAACUGAAUCUGAAGUAUGAUAUUAUUUCCUGUGGUGUGUAUCCACCCGGCUGUCUCGUCCCCUGUGUUGGGGAGCGUUAGAUGUAUCAUACCUGUAUGUAGCUCUACCUCUUAUAUUUCUCAGUAGGUGCCAGGCAUUAUACGUUCAAAACUUCUUUUGUGCAAUUAUUUGUGAUCAAACACUGAUUUAUUUAAUCUCAACUGGCACUGUGUAAGAUCUCUGAAUCUUCACUUUGAGUUUCUCUCUCUGUGACACUUAAAGAUAUUUUAUUCUAUUUUUGUUGAUCAGUAUGAACUAAUUAUGUGUAAUUUUUGCAGUGUUUUUAAAGGGUAAAUCCACCAAAAAUCAUGUUCCAAAAAUUGUAAAUUAUUCGCUCUCGUUGCAAGAAGGAAUUUAAAACUUAUAAUAGCAUUACUUUAAAAUAAAGCAGCAUUUUUUUUGUUUUGUAUUAUGUAAUGAAGUUGGGUGUUUGAUAUCCUCACACGCUUGACCGUAGACCCUCGAAGUCUGAGUUAAAUUUUCCUUUAAAAUGUGAUCAUGUUUUAAAGCUUUAAUGUGAUAAAUUCUCAAACUUUGAGCUUUUUUUUCUUUUUUAAAAGAAAGUAUUUACGUGUGUGUUUUUUUUUUUUUAAAUGCAAAUCAGCAAACAAUCACUGUGAGGCUAUGCAAUGUUGUGAAGAGCUGCUUUAUUCUGUACAGGGUUGAAAGUGUUUUUGCAGCAGCUUCUCUUUAAAUGACAGUUUUCUUCAUCAUUAUAAUCUGUGCAUCAUCAUCUUAAACCCGCUUAGAUGCAGUUUGAUUAGUCUUAAAUUUUCUCGUAUUACUUAAAUGACUUGAUCAUGCGUCUGUUGCUGAUUGAAUUAUGAAACUGAUUCAGUCCAUUUUUAGGAUAUUCAUGCAUAUCUGAAUGUAACACAUCUCAAUCACUGUAAAUGUACAUGUGUAUAUAAUAUUCUUUUGACGAGAGCAAUCACUGCCGUCUCAGAUCUGUAGAGCUAAUAAGGGCUUCCGUUAUUGCUUCCCAAAUCUCAUCUUAAACUCGCUCAUAUAUCAAAAUGUGAAGCACAAGACUGUUGAGAACCAAAAAAAUCAAAAUCCACAUCGUCUUCCACUUUCUGUGAUCUGUAUAUCUUGACUUUCUGGCGUCCUGAUUCCACGAUAAAUGUAAUAUUUUUGAUGUUUCUAUCUCUGAAAUCAAUUUUAUACAAAUAUCUUUAAUAGCUUAAUAAUCAUAGGUUACACUGAAGGAGACAGAUGUCUGUGAGUGUGUUUUUUAUGGACUUGUGUUUUGAAUGAAAGCAAUAAAAAAGUCCAAAUGAUUCUUAAAUA